AUGAAAGCAGCUUCGGUGGUACUCAGUAUUUUCGGGCUAGUUGCCUUAGCCAGCGCUGCCCCUCUCGAGAGCAACCCAUGGGCUUUGAUCCCGGACGGCAAUGGCAGACUGCAUCUGAUUAACGUCAACCCGUAUGAUGUGCCCCAAGGAGACAAUGAGGUCGAGCCCAUGUUUGACCCCGAGACGGACGUGGUGUUCCGUCUGUACACUCGUCGCAACCCGGUCCAUCCGCAAGUGAUCCAGUGGAACAACCAGGGAUCGGUGUCCGGCAGUAACUUCAAUCCGGCGCAUCCAACGCGCUUCCUGAUCCACGGUUUCCUGGAGGGUGAGGAUGCCAGUUUGCACUGGAGCAUCAAGGAUCACUUCAUCCGCAUCGGUGAGUUCAACAUCGUGAACGUGGACUGGGGUGCAGGAUCGCAGACUAUCAACUACAUUGCCGCACGUAACCGUGUCGGAGCUGUCGGUGAAAUAAUCUCGCGCAUGAUCAACACCAUCGUUGCCGCCACUGGAGCGUCCCGUGAUAACAUUAACCUGAUCGGACAUAGUUUGGGUGCGCACGUUGCAUCAAACGCUGGAAAGAACCAGAACGGUCAGCUAGGUACCAUCAUCGGCUUAGAUCCGGCCGGUCCACUGUUCUCUGCCGGCCAGGCCGAUAUCUUCGGCGCUAAUGAUGCUCAGUAUACGGAAGCUAUCUACACGAAUGCUGGAUUGCUUGGAUUCGAUCAGCCAUUGGCGCACGCUAACUUCUACCCGAAUGGAGGUCGCUCGCAGCCAGGUUGCAUUCUGGAUAUUGCUGGAAUCUGUGCGCAUAACCGUGUGAACGAUUUCUACGCCGAGUCGGUAUCGUCGUCUGUUGGCUUCCGGUCGGUACGCUGUACCAACCACGGCGAGAUCCUUUCGGGAGGUUGUACCUCCAGCGGUCCGAAUGCCAACAUGGGUGGCGAACCGUCCAACCGUGGACGUGAUGUUUCGGGUGUUUACCAUUUGAACACCAACUCCAACUCGCCAUUCGCGCAGGGUUAA